CCUUAUCCGUGUCAAACAUUAACUACUUCGAAUUUAAGGACAAUAGAUUCUCUCAAGAAUCUAGACCCGUACAAGAUUCUCAACUUCAAGAGAGUAAAAAAUGUACCAUCACCACACAUUGACACAAGACCAAGAGUUUUACUUUAUGGUGUCAGCUCUCCGGCAUGUGAUCUCCGGCGCCGAUGGACGGGCGGACGGCGAAGCAGCUCAGCUUUUACGGGAAGUUGAAAAUGCAAGUGCAGUCACGUCAGCUUCCAUAUUGCGACGUAGGAGCAUUGUGGAGCCAACUGCGUCAGCUACCACUUAUCUAGCGUGUCGUACUUCUUUUCAUGUAAAGCCUGAGAAUUUGGAGUUGCAGAAGGGAAGGAAAAGAAGGAGAAAUACGAAGAAGGAAUACAGAGGAGUGAGACAGAGGCCGUGGGGAAAAUGGGCAGCAGAAAUUCGAGACCCACAUAAAGCGCAACGAGUUUGGCUUGGUACUUUUGUUACUGCUGAAGAAGCUGCUAGAGCUUAUGACAAGAAGGCUGUUGAAUUUAGAGGAGAAAAGGCCAAAACCAACUUCCCAAUUUCAGAAUAUGCUACUACAGUUAGUACUGAUCAUAAUAAUAAGUUGCCACUGGUAGUGGAAGAUCAAUUACAAGUCCAAAACGGGUUGUACAAUGGAGAGGUAAAAGUGGCAGGUGAUGAUAAUGGUGAAAGCAGUACGCAAAAUGGUGAUGAUUUUUGGGACACGUUGGAAGAUGAUGGACUUGUCAAGUGGAUAACCAAAGAUAUGUCGCUCUGAUCUUUCUAUUAAGUUUAUUAUGGUUUGUCUUAUCUGGGAACGCUGUUUCUUUUUCCUUGUUUGUCUUUUUCUUUUUUUCCCCGCUUGUUUUUUAAGUCUGUUCUUUUGUUUUUCAGCUUUUUGGUUGGGUACGUAGUUUGGAGUAGUAGGAAAAUUAUGUUGUUGAGUAUUUUUUGUAGUUAUAAGUAGUAGGGUUGCAAUUAUUUCAAUUUUUAUGAGAAAAAACAAGAGGUGACUCGGA